GAGAGUGGGAGAUGCAGAUUAGUUCUCUCUGGCUUUACUUCUAUCCAAUCGAUCUUCCACUAGUCGAUUAAAGGACCUUGCUUAAAUUUGAUGGUCGUCUAAUGAUUCCUUGUCAAACACUGACUGCCUGUUAGCUGGAGGAUGUGUACGUGUUAGAGAAACGGGUGGGAGAUAAAUUCACUACAGGAGACGCAGUGUAUAUAUAUAUACGAACCGAUGUCGAUCGAUGAGUGGAAGUUUUAGGGUCGUGUAAACAAAAACACUGUGCACUAGUCCUAAAUAACAGUCCGUCUAUGGUUGAGAUUUCAGCUCGUGUGUAGACAUUACAGUUGGUUGUUCGUUGUCGAAUUUUAUACAAACCGGUCUGUGUUUCGAGUUACCUUGUAUUGAAGCGGUAAUGCUCCAAUUUACUGUACAGACUACAGCUCUCUUAGAUUUCACGUGCACAUCUGGGAGUUAUUUACCUUAGAUGUAAUAUAUAAGACCGCUAUCCUUUCGGAGCCAUGUUAUACUUAAUUGACCGUAUCAGCGAAACCCAUCGAUGUUUUAUACGGUUAAUUACUUUCUUUAAGUAUGUGAUUAUCGAUUCUACUCUUAUCCUACAUUGAUAAUGGAUUAAGAAACUGUCAAUAUGGAGGUAUUAAUGCAGGUUUAUUUGCGGUAUAAGAGUAGCUGAGAUCCAACAACAAAGAAAUUGUUCUCGAGAAAACGACCUCAUUUAUUUUCAUACAACAUGUGUUUAAAAUUGAAGUAAUACAGGGAAGCUUCUGUUAUAUACCAGUAUUCUUAUCAAGUUAAGCGUGUGAUAUACAGACCGUUUGUGUUACAUAUCAAAUACAAACAUAUUGAAUAAAGGUGUACGUGUGGUUAUAUUUGAUAUAAACCACCUUUCUUAUUAUGAUGACUAAACAGAAUAUUACAUAACUUCAUGAUGGGAAAUUAUUUCGCCUGAUUAUUCAUACAUGGUGUAUAAAUUAAAUGAAUAAUUUAUGAGCUAACAGUUAUAUGUUUAUAAAUCAAAGAAAAAUGGUAUCGGUGCCGAGUAAAAAAUGAUACAUAAGCAUUCCAGACGGAAUAUACCGGUAUUCUUAUCUUUGAUAGAAGCAGGGUUCCUAGCAAUGCGAUGAUAUAUAUGCCUCGUGAUUAGCCGUAUAGUCUACGAAUAUACAUAUAGUACCGCGAACUUUCCCUUUCUGAUGUUAUAUAAGUCAAAUGUAGGUGGUGUGUUUCUUAGCUUCAGGGGGUAGAUCUGAAGAAAUUCGUCACGAGUGAUGAGCUAUAUAAUAACAAUUACAGCCAAGCCACUUACGCCGGUAAAAGUAAUUCCUAGUAAACAGAUGGUGCCUGCUCACUAAAACUCCAGAUGCUAAGCCAAAAUGAAACACAUUAAGCCGGCACCGAGAGUAGGUAUGUUAAUUCGUAUAGCCGCCUAGUGCAAACUGUGUACACAGUGGGAACUAUGUAUUAAUGAAAUUCAAAUGCUAUUCUAGGAACGGGGAUGUUUUUUUUAUCUUGGAUAUUUUCGUUCUCGAGUGCUUAAAUAUUUUGAUAUCCAGAACGCAGUGUUUGUAAAUAGAUGAAAUCUGAUCAGAACGGUGGAUUUACAUAAAGAUCCAGGAAAAAGUGGACAGAAUUCCGAUAAGUGCAUAAAACAGGACAGGAUUGUCAAUAUUAAAUGUAAGAAAUGGAUUAAAAAUAAAGAUCUUUGUGAACAUCUUUACCUUGCUUGUCAUCUGUGAUUUAUACACAGAUGUGACGAGUUAAAGAAUAAUUGAGAUGUCAUAACGGAAUUUAGAAUUGUGUAGUGAUUCGUCAGUAAACAGUAUUAUAUUUUAAAAUGAGUUGUGUAGUGAUCCGUCAGUAAACAGUAUUACAUGUUAAGAAUGGGUUGUAACGUUCUACCAGGCUAUAUUUACCGGACAAGAAGACGGAAAGCCAUAUGGCUGUGUUUUAUUUGUUCUGUUAUUUUGUUGUUUAUUAACUUAAUUCCUAGAGAAGCAACUCAUCAAGACGACGACUAUGGAGUUGAUCCAAAUUACAUCGCCAGGUUUAAAGAAAAUUUGGAAAAGCAAUCAGGACAAAAAUGUGUGCAUCCUCAAUUGGAUCCGUUUCAUCCCUCCGUUGUUAACUUCUUUCAUGAUUACCCGAAGGUGACUUGUAACACAGAAGACGACUGGGUUUAUGUUGUGAACGGUACGUUUCAUAUAUCUCGCCGAGCUACUCGAAAGUAUGGCAAAAUUACGUGUGAAUAUGCCCCGGUUGUUCGCGGUCCUAAUGAUUAUUCAGCUCGGCACAUGGAGCAUAUUAAACCUAUGCCCGAUGGCGCGGCAAUGGUAUCAGACUUUUUCAAAGCAGCGUGUGUGUCUAUAAAUGCCAAACGCUAUUUUAAUAUUCAUUCGGGUAUCGCCUAUAAUGAAACAUUGCACAAAAGAGCGGAAAAGGUCAAGUUGCCAAAAACUGCUCUAGGGCUAGAUGUUUUAAUGUUUGGUUUUGAUUCUCUAUCUCGAAUGACGUGGAUCCGAAAAUUACCCAAAACAAGAGAGUAUUUUCUCAAAACUUUAAAAGGAAUAGAAUUAGAAGGAUAUAAUAUUGUAGGAGAUGGAACUCCUCAAGCCUUGCUGCCGAUCCUCACGGGAAAAACAGAGGAAGAACUUCCGGAAGCGCGGAGGGGACAGGAGGGCGCAAAGCCUGUGGAUGAUCAUCCGUGGAUUUGGAGAGAUUUUCAAAAAGCUGGCUACGUUACAGGUUGGGCGGAGGACAUGGCUUUUAUAGGUACAUUUCAGUACCGGAUGUUAGGUUUCAAACAUCCACCAACCGACCACAGCAUGCGGCCAUUUUAUCUCUCCGCUGAACGAAUGUAUGGAAGAAAUAAACCAUUUUGUUUGGGUUCAAAAUCGAGACACAAAAACUUCUUUAACUGGCUUAGAGACAUAUUUUUAAUGUACACUAAAAAACGUAAAUUUGUGUUCGGAUUUCAUGCGGAAGCUAGUCACAACGAUAAUAAUAAGGUACAAAUUGUGGACGAGGAUUCGGUCGAGUUUUUAAAAUAUUUAGAAGAAAAAAAUUAUCUGAAUAGAACUAUUUUAAUCCUUAUGAGCGAUCAUGGUGCGCGAUUUGCCGAUAUUCGACAAACGGCUCAGGGUAAGGAGGAAGAAAGGAUGCCAUAUUUCGCCUUCCGAUUUCCUCCUUGGUUUGAAACACAGUAUCCAGAAAUUGUUAAAACAUUCAGAACUAAUUCUCGUCGUCUAACAACACCUUUCGACGUCCAUGAAACAUUCCACGAUAUCUUAAACUAUACAGGUUCAAGAAUGGGGGAUUUAUCUCAACGAGGAAUAAGUCUAUUUCAAGAAAUACCAAAAGAAAGAACGUGUUCAGAUGCUGGAAUCGAACCACACUGGUGCGCAUGUCUACAAUGGAAAAGUGUGAACCAAUCGGACGCAGUGAUACAGCAAGCUAUUUCUACUGCCGUCGCAACUAUUAACGAUUACACGGAACCGCAUCGUCAUAAAUGUGCUCUUUUGAAAUUAUCUCGAGUGACUAGAUCUGUGAAAUAUGCUACCAAUUCAAAUAUUUUGAAAUUUAAAUCCAGUUCCGAUCAUGACGGUAGAGUGGCAGAUUUGUCUAGCCGGACUAAAGGUGAUGAAAAUUAUUACCAAAUAACAUUUUUGACGACACCAGGUAACGGCCAUUUUGAAAUGACCGUGAGACAUUCGCUUAAUACAAGUGAAAUCACCGUUAGUGAAAAAGAGAUAAGUCGUAUUAACAGAUAUGGUUCCGACCCAGAAUGUAUCCAAUCCGAAUAUCCCCACUUAAGGCCUUAUUGUUAUUGUUUAUAACAUAUGUAGAUAUAGUAUAUAUUAAAUUAUGUAAUAUCCAUGAUAUCAUCAUCAUUAUAAACACUAAUUACAUUUCUUUAACGUUAAUAAUUAUUACCUGGCGCUCAAGUCGUUAUGUGAAAAGAUAGUCAGUAUUUUAAACUCUUGUCAUUAUUUGAAACUCUAGUCAGUAUUUGAAACUAUAGUCAGUGUCUGAAACUCUAGUCAUUACUUGAAAAACUCGAGUCAUUACUUGAAACUCUAGCAAUUGUCUGAUACUAUCGUCAUUAAUUGAAACUCUAGCGAUUGUUUGAUACUAUAGUCAUUAAUUGAAACUCUAGCAAUUGUUUGAUACCAUAGUCAUUACAUGAAACUCCUAUUCAUUAUUCGAAAGUAGUUAUUAUCUGACAAAUUCAUUAUUAACGCAAUAGUAAUAAUCUAACACAAUAGUUUUAAUCUAACGCACUAAUUACUUAUCUGAUGUUAGAUAUAAACAUUUGUUUAUUGUUCAUCUGUCACGCAAGGUAAUAAAACCAUAUUAUAUUUCUUAUUUUUUUGUGUAUAGUAAUAGGAAUGGUAUAACUGUAAUUUAAGAAAACAUGUCAAGCCAGUAUAAUAAAUGCCACAGGGGAAAUAGAACAUACGGUUUAAUGGGAAGAACGUUCAAAUUCAUAGAAAUCUAUUUGAAAAAAAAAACCAUCUUGAUUUGUCAGAUACAAUGUCUGUAGGGAUUAUAAUAAUUAUGUCAUUUGUAUAUAAAAUAUGGUUUUGUCUGUACAUGAGCUUUCAAGGAUUUAACAUUUUAAGUGAUCAUUAUUUGUAUAAGGCAUAUCGAACACAAAAUCAGAGGAUAUAUUCCAACAAAGUGUCUGAACUAGAAAUUGUAAUCUUCUACAAUAUCAAUCUAAUUAAAAUAUAGAUCUAUAUUUCGUUUCGUUUUUUAUACUUUCGAUUGCCCACACUACAUGUGUAGUAAAGACAAGUAAAAUCGAAAUUUUGAACUAUAAAAACGAAACGAAAUUGGAUCUGUGUUUUAAUCAGAUUGCUACAAUAUCAGAAUUUAUUAAAGAACGAGUCUCACAUCUACAUGUAUGUUGAUGGAUGCAAAUGUCAACGAAUCUUGGAAACCUUACACGAGUCUUGUAUAACUAUCUAAAGUUUGCUCUAAUUUUUACAAUAUUAACUUAACUAUCAGUUUUGACUUUGGAUAUAAGGGUGACCAUAUUUCCCUGAAUACCAAAAUUAUAGAGAUGCGUGAUUAUACAUUCACUCAUAUAAAUCGACAAGGGUGUUUCCUAAAUGAGUUACAUAAAUAACAUAAUCCCAAUAAGCAAAUCGAGCGAUCAAUUAGGAAUAGCUUGAUAUUUUGAUUUCAACCUGAGGGCAAUUCGGCAAUUUCGUCACAUUUUGGCAUUUUAUUUGCGUACUUAAUGGGCACCUAGUGAAAUUUGGCCUGCUGCUAUAAAUUUAUACUAAUAUAAUAUUAUGUAUUUAGACUCAUUAUAUACAUGUACAUGCAUAGACUAACGGCAUAAUAUGGCCUCUUUAUCACAGUUCGACACAAGUUUGGUUUAGUUUAUUAUGCAGUAACCAACAGUUUUACUGUAGAGUAUGUUCAGCACUUGACAUUAGAACAGAAGACAAUAAAACCUAUCGACACUUAUUUGAGCUUCUCCACGGAGUCAAUUUCAUAUACCUUUCAAAAUGCGCUCACCAUAAAGAAAAAACGUUGACUAUAACUAAUAUAAAAAGUAAUACAAUAAACUAGGGCUACAAAGAAAAGUAUGUGUCUGAUGAUACAGAUUUCUCAAUCCAUAUUAUGAGAUUGAUGGGUACAAGAAUGGAAAUAUCACGUCACUUCUAAUAGUUGAAAAUAUAAUUAUUUCAAAUCCAUCUUAGCAUAACUCCAGUUCGUAUAAUAUGUUAAAUAAUAUGUUAUGGUCCUGAUGUUACGUCAAAAUACAGCAACUUUUAAUAGAUGUAAUAUUAGGUCAUGCUAUUUAUGUAUUAAUCAAAUCAUCCCAAGUCGUAAAAUUAUGUUCUCUCGUGUGUAAGAUCAUUGUUAUUUUCAUAUAUAACAUAUUAACAAUGUACUGUUUGAUGUAUCACAUAUCAUUUAUGUAUAUAUUUUUCAUUUUUUAUUUAUAAAAUAGAAGACCGAUUGUUUUAGACGUUGGCUAUUAAAUAGGUUUAUUUCAUGA